AAAUUUGAGGAUACUAUAGUGUGCUAGCUAGCUGCAACCUGUCACCUCUGCAUGCUCUCUCAACUUUACCCUCACCUCUCUUCCUUCUUCUCCUCGUUCUCAUCGAUUUCACUCUCUCAUUCUUCAUUCAUUCUUCUCAAUUUCAAAUUUCUCUGUAACUAACUGCAUUUGUUUGUUACAACAGAAACUCAUUCAGUUAGCUAGAUUGGAAAAUAAAACAACAACAACAAAAAAAAUUUAGAAAAUGAAAGAAACAGAGAAAUUAAUUUGGGAACAGAGAAACAGCAACACUACCACAACACAGUCACGUUCUUCACACUCACCCAAGCUAAUGCUAUGGCUUAUCCUCUUCGUUUCUCUCCUGUACUUCCUCUACACUUACAACCUCCUUUCCACUUCAAGCGCGUGCACCCACGCGCCACUCUCCGUCCACCGUGUCUCUUCCACUUCCACCCUUCUUCACAAUGCCACUGCCAAUAAUGCUUCCUCAAACCUCCGCCACCAUCGGAAAACGGAGCUCCGCCACGUGGUGUUCGGAAUCGCCGCGUCGGCGAAGCUCUGGGAGCAGAGGAAGAACUACAUUAAGCUCUGGUACAAGGCAAAAGAGAUGAGAGGAGUGGUGUGGCUGGACGACGUAGUGAAAACAGAUCCGGCGGAAGGUUUGCCGCUGGUGAGAAUCUCCACCGACACAUCCAACUUCCCGUACACGAACAAGCAAGGUCACCGCUCGGCGAUUCGAAUCUCGAGAAUCGUGUCUGAAACGCUGCGUUUAGGGAUGAAGGAUGUGCGGUGGUUUGUCAUGGGCGACGACGACACCGUUUUCGUCGCCGAGAAUCUGCUCCGGAUUCUCAACAAGUACGACCAUAAUCAAUUCUAUUACAUUGGGAGCUUAUCGGAGAGUCAUUUGCAGAACAUUUUCUUCUCGUAUGGAAUGGCCUACGGCGGAGGAGGGUUUGCUAUCAGCUACCCUUUGGCGAAAGCUCUGCUGAAAAUGCAGGACCGUUGCAUUCAUAGGUACCCGGGUCUCUAUGGUUCUGAUGAUAGAAUGCAAGCUUGUAUGGCUGAACUCGGUGUUCCACUCACCAAGGAAAUCGGUUUUCACCAGUAUGAUGUGUAUGGGAACCUGUUGGGCCUUCUUACAUCUCAUCCUGUGACUCCAUUGGUUUCACUUCACCAUCUUGAUGUGGUUGAGCCGAUCUUCCCCAAUGUCACUAGAGUAGAAGCACUUCAACGGCUUACCAUACCAAUGAGGCUCGACUCUGCAGGGCUCAUUCAGCAAUCCAUCUGCUAUGACAAAAAAAAUAGCUGGACAGUUUCAGUUUCAUGGGGUUAUGCUGUUCAGAUAUUUCGAGGCAUAUUUUCGCCCCGGGAGAUAGAAAUGCCUUCAAGAACAUUCCUGAAUUGGUAUAGAAGAGCAGAUUACACUGCAUACGCAUUCAACACACGCCCGGUUACCCGAAACCCAUGUCAGAAGCCUUUUGUGUUUUACAUGUCAAAGGCAAAACUCAAUUCUACAAUGCAGCAGACAGUGAGUGAAUAUGAAAGGCAUCGCGUCCCUCAUCCGGAAUGUCGGUGGAAGAUGGCUGAUCCUUCUGCUCUUGACAAAGUUGUUGUAUAUAAGAAGCCAGACCCACAUCUAUGGGAUAGAGCUCCAAGGAGAAACUGUUGCAGAGUAAUGAAGCCAAACAAGAAAGGAACCAUGGUGAUAGAUGUGGGUAUAUGUAGAGAUGGUGAGGUAAGCGAAGCUUAGCUGUGGAAUGUGGCUGACUAAUAUUAAGUUCUUGUCUAUUUUCUGUGAGCUUAUUUAAUUUCUUCAUUUAUUGGGUCUCAAAGUGAGAUUUUGUCAUUUUUCCUGGCUCACUCAUGUGGGUUGGGGUGUGAAAAGGUGUUUGUAAUUUUUUAUUCUUGUAAUUAUUUUAGAUUACAAAUGUAAAAUUUGUAGUUUAAUAUAAUGAAAUAAAGUGAAUUUUCAUUUUGUAGUUUA